CAAACGUCUAAUGAAAAAUAAACACUAAUAACCCAAACACUUCCUUUUUAAAUAUUACUACAUUCUGUAAAUCAUUAGAUACUAGAUUGAAUGAUCUUAAACGUAUUAUAUGUCUAAACAUAUACAACCAAUGUCGUCUACCUACUUUCCGAAAGGAAGCAAAGUUGGGUUUUCAUUUUUGAUAUUUGGCCUCUUAAACAAUCUUCUAUAUGUGGUUAUUUUGUCUGCUGCACUUGAUUUAGUAGGUGCUAACAUAUCCAAAGGUGUUGUUUUGCUUUCUAAUAUCGUACCUUCACUUUCUUGCAAGCUUUUCGCUCCAAUAUUGCAAGUUCACAAAUACUCAGCUUCCAAGAGACUACUGUUUUGUGCUUUCCUAUCUUUUUUUGGAAUGCAAUGGAUUACCUGGUCAUCCUCCGUCUCAUCUAGGAUGCUCGGCGUAGCGUUAGCAGCCGUUUCUUCAAGUUUUGGAGAGAUUACUUUUCUUCAGCUUUCUAGCAGAUAUCAAUCGACCGCCUUAACCUGCUGGAGCUCAGGUACUGGCUUGGCUGGCUUGUUUGGUGCAUCCUUCUACCUUGUGUUCACAACAUGGUUUAACUUUACUGUGCGUACGACACUCUUAAUUUCCAGUUUUCUUCCUUUAUUUUUAAUUUUUAAUUACUUCUUUAUCUUACCAACGGCUGAAUAUCAGCAUAUCUCUGUUUCUCACCAAGUUCCGUUUGAUGCUAUUCACCGGGGAGAAACUAGUUCUCCCACAAACGUUCUUUCUUCUAUGAGAGUAUUUUUUUACCUUGCCAAACCCUUUUUCUUAUCUCAUAUGCUACCACUGUUUUUGGUCUACCUUUCUGAAUAUACAAUCAACGUGGGAGUAGCACCUACUCUACUGUUUUCCCAAGAAGAUUCGGGCUUGAGCUCAUUUCGAGAUUUCUAUCCUACCUAUCAAACUAUGUAUCAGCUCGGGGUUUUCAUAUCACGCUCUUCCAUAGGUUGGGUCAAGGUUCCUUACGUUUUAGAGCUUGCUAUAAUCCAAUUUGGCAUUUUGGGUUUUACAAUCCUCCAGUCUCUCUUUUAUUUCAUUCAUAGCUACCAUUUUUUGUUGUUAAUCAUCUUUAUGGAAGGACUUAUUGGUGGAACUGUUUAUGUCAAUGUCUAUCACACUUUGCAAAACCUUGGUCAUGUCGACAGUGAAAUGGCCAUAAGCAUUGUCAGUCCAUCUGAUAGCACUGGUAUAUUUGUCGCUUCUCUUCUUUCUUUAAUCCUUGAACCCACUCUGUGCGGCUACCAAGUACGGCAUGGCCGAGAUUGGUGUAACCGUAUUUAGACCUAUUUCAUUGAGCAUCAUACAACGUCAAGUAUUUCGCUAAUACGUAUAUAGCUAGUUUUUCGUUCAAGUUUUUCGGAUUGUGACCACAUAUUAAUAUUUUUAUUACCUUUUUUUUUGUGUAAAAAAAAAAAAAAACAAUUUAAA